AUGAUCCACACUAAAGUUAAACUGAACGUUGUCCUUUUGGCCACAUUGGCCCUAAUUGCCUCAUCUGUAUUAGAGACCUCAGAGGCAUCAGUAGCUCAUCUGCCGCCGCAGGACAUUGAAAGUCCAAGCGAUCAUAUCGUUGAAAAAGAAUCAGGAAUUGAUUAUAGCGUGCGUGCUGAUGGCAAUUACCGCUUGCCAAACAACACCGAGCCCAUACAUUACGACAUCGAAUUGACAACGAAUGUGCAUAACGGUACAAGAAAUUUUACCGGCAAAGUUCAAAUUCUGAUAACGGUUACCGAGGACACAAGAACCAUUGUAGUACAUGCGCGUCAACUUGAAGGCUUCCAGGCCACCAUUAAAAAUGCAAGCCAAGCAAAUGCAAUUGAGUAUGAAUUGAGUUGGUCAUACGAAUCCGAAAGGGAAUUCCUUAGUCUAACACCAGUAAACGCAAGUCUUAGCCUUAACAAAGAUACUAACUGGACUUUGACUAUUGCGUAUAAUGGCCAAUUGCGAACCGACGCUGGAGGAUUUCAUCGACUUUCCUACACUGACGAACUCAAUCAAGUGCAUUAUAUGGCAACAACACAAUUCGAAUCCACAAAUGCCCGCCACGCAUUUCCCUGUUACGAUGAACCAGCCAAACGCGCCACCUUCACAAUAACCAUCAAACACGAUCCUUCGUAUAGUGCAAUAUCCAAUAUGCCGAUAAACGAAACCGCCAGCUCAACUGGUGUAACGGUCUUCGAUAAGACAAAUGUGACUGUCUCCACAUAUUUGAUUGCUUUCCAUGUGUCCGACUAUGAAUGGUCUGAAGGUGUGUUGCAUUCACUGCCACACCGGCUCUAUUCGAAGCCGGGAACUGUUGACAAUCAUGAAUUCGGUCUACUCUCGGGUAUAUUGAUCUUACAGCGCUUGGCCGAGUACUACGAUGUGCCUUUUGCGCUGCCGAGAAUGGUACAAGUGGCAAUACCUGGAAAGGGUGGCGCUAUGGAAAAUUGGGGAUUGGUCACUUAUGGUGAAGCGUACUUGCUUUACAACAAAAGUUCGUCGACGUCAAGCACACAGAACUCCAUCGCCAAUAUCAUCGCACACGAAUUCACACACCAAUGGUUUGGUAAUCAUGUAGCAGUUAGGUGGUGGACAUAUCUGUGGCUCAAAGAGGGUUUCGCGACACUCUUCUCAUACCAUGGCGUAAAUGAGGUUAAUCCCGAGUGGGACGUCUAUCAAAUAAUGCAUACUAACAACUACCAAUCGGCGCUUAUUUAUGAUGGUAGUGGUAGCGUGGUGCCCAUGACCCAUUAUGCGCAAACACCCACCGAGAUUUCAGCUCGGUACGGUACCUCUUCUUAUGCCAAACCUUGCUCGGUACUUUUCAUGUGGCAGCAUGCUCUCGGCGAUUCAGUAUUUCGUUCCGGUUUGAACAAAUAUCUAACUCAGAACGCAUUCGACUCUGCCGAGGAAUGGGAGCUUUUUUCAGCACUGCAGAGUGCUGUUGAUGAACACCAACUCAGCAUUCCCGCGCGCAUAGACGUUAUGUUCCCCACAUGGUCACAGCAAUCUGGCUAUCCACUACUAACAGUUACACGAAAUUACAGCUCCAACACGUUCACGAUCACCCAAACUGCUUACAAUGAUAACGUAAACAUUACUUCGGACAAAACAUACUACGUGCCAUUCAACUAUGUUGCCCGUUCCAAGUCAGACUUCCGUAAUACAACGGCUUCGCAUUACCUUCUCAAUACCAGACAAAUCACUAUCACCGACCAAGAAGUUGCCGCUGAUGAUUGGUUGAUUUUGAAUAAACAAUCCACGGGUUACUAUCGCAUUAACUACGAUGAACAAAACUGGCAUUUAAUUGCUGAUGGCUUGGUAGAGCAACCCCAUAAAGUACAUCACCGUAAUCGCGCUCAGCUUAUGUACGAUGCUUACAGAUUCGUCAACAACGAUCGAUUAAGUCACGGCAUUCUUCUGAAAGCCAUUUAUGUAGGAUGCCCCCCCCCCCCUUCCAUAUAUUCAGCUGAUCGUGCAAUGUACCGCAACAAAAUGAACGUGAGUGUUGCAGUCCUUUUGGCCACUUCAUUGGCCUUCAUUGUAUCCUGUGAAGCGGCAACACACGGCAUUCCACCACUCUUUGGAGAGAAUCCUUCCGCACGCAUCGUAGAUGGGAAAAUUGUUGCCUCCGGUGCAGCGCGUGCAGUCCUGGACUAUCGGCUGCCGAACACAACUGAACCUGUGCACUACGACGUCGAAGUGACUACGAAUGUACACAAUGGCACAACGGCAUUCAAUGGUACAGUUAAAAUUCAAAUAAACGUUAACGAAGAUACAAGAACAAUAGUUUUGCAUGCGCGUCAGCUAAGUAAUUUCACGGCAACUAUUUCAAACGCUUCGGUAACGGGAGGACAAGUUCAAGCGUUAAAUAUCUCAUAUGAAGAGGAACGAGAAUUUCUCAGUUUGACGCCAACGAACCAAUCGUUAACGUUCAAUAAAGGCAGCAGCUGGCUUCUGACCAUCGCCUAUCAAGGUGAAUUGCGUACUGAUAACGGUGGAUUUUACUUGUCCACCUACGAUGAUGACAACGGCACGGAACGGUAUAUAGCAACGACGCAAUUCGAGUCGACCGAUGCGCGCCAUGCCUUCCCUUGCUACGACGAGCCAGCCAAGCGUGCAACAUUCUCCAUCGUUAUUAAUCAUGAUCCCUCAUAUAAUGCCAUAUCGAAUAUGCCUUUGGACGAGGAGGCGAGCAGACCCGGCUACUCUGUCUUCCAGAAGACGGUUAAUAUGCCCACUUACUUGGUAGCGUUUAUUGUGUCCGAUUUUGAAUAUUCAGAAGGUGUACUGUAUUCACGCCCACAACGUGUCUACACACGACCAGGCACUGUAAGCGGUCAGGAAUUCGGUUUGGUUUCCGGUUUGUUGCUGCUGCAGCGACUUAUCGAAUACUAUGAUGUGGAUUUCGCACUACCAAAAAUGUAUCAAGUAGGCGUGCCAGAUUUUGCAGCUGGUGCCAUGGAAAACUGGGGUUUAGUUACAUAUCGCGAAGAAUAUAUAAUAUAUAAUAAGAACACAUCCACAACUAGUACACAAACAAAUAUUGCCACAAUCAUCGCACACGAAUACUGUCAUCAGUGGUUUGGUAAUUUGGUAGCCAUUAAAUGGUGGACGUACCUUUGGCUUAAGGAAGGUUUUGCCACCUUGUUCUCCUGGCAGGCAACCGAUGCGGCCUAUCCUGAAUGGGAUAUCUAUCAGUUGUUCCUCACCGAUGACUAUCAACGGGCACUUACCGCCGAUGGUACAGGUCUAAUGAAUCCAAUGAGUCAUUAUGUGCAAACGCCAUCUGAGAUCUCCAGCCGCUAUGAUUCUAUUUCGUACUCGAAAGCCGGCUCGGUGCUGUAUAUGUGGCAGUGUGCGUUGGGCGACGAAGUAUUCCGCCAGGGAUUAAACCUUUAUUUGACUGAAAAUCAAUACAGUGCUGCUGAUGAAUGGCAGCUCUUCGAGGCUCUUAGUAUUGCAGCCGGUGCACAAAAUGUUCCGCUUCCAGCGACAAUGGCCAAUAUGUUCUCAAGUUGGUCGCAACAAUCUAGUUACCCACUUCUCACCGUUACACGUCAUUAUGAAAAUAACUCAUUCACCGUUACACAAGAAGCUUUCUACGAUAAUAGCACCACAACAUCGAACCAGACUUGGUACAUUCCAAUUAAUUAUGCACAUAAAUCAAAUCCAGACCACCGUAACACUACCGCCUCGCAUUAUUUGUUGAAGACAAAAGAAAUUCAUAUCACCGACAACAAUUUAGCCGCUGAUGAUUGGCUGUUGCUCAAUAAACAGUCCACCGGUUUCUAUCGCAUCAAUUAUGAUGAACGUAACUGGAACCUAAUUAUUGAUGCGCUCAAAUCCAAUCCUUACAGGUUUCAUCCACGCAAUCGUGGUCAGCUUAUUCAUGAUGUCUAUAAGUUCAGUUCAACAGGACGUCUCGACCAAAGUACACUCUUCAAUUUGCUACAAUAUCUGCCUAAUGAAGAUCAAUUUGCUCCUUGGUCUACGACUUAUUCGGUGAUCAACACAUUAAACAGAUAUCUGAAUGGGGAUAGUGAUUAUAAAAAUUUCCAAAGUUUCGUAGCCUCUUUAGUAUCAGACCUCUUCGAUAAGUUGGGUGUGAAUGAUGCAACUGGCGAGCAACAUCUGGUGAAAUCUAUACGCAGUAUCGCCAUUAACCUCGCCUGUUUGUCAGGCAUUGAAAGUUGUCUAGAGGAGACGAACAACAAAUUAAGGGCGCUCAUUGAAGACGGCAUCGCAAUCGAACCAAAUCUACAAUCGCAAAUAUAUUGCAAUGGUCUACGUCAGUCCGAUGAUACAGUAUUCGAUUUCGUUUUUAACCAGGUAUUGCAGUCCAAUAAUCAGGCAUUCCGUCGCACACACAUCACUUCAUUGGGCUGCUCGCAGUCGGAGUCCCAAUUGCGAAAAUUCGUAAACAGCUCAAUUGAUACUUCAGCCGAUUGGCGUACUCAAGAGCGCAUCACUUUACUCAGUGCAGCGUACUCGAGCAGCAGUACCGGAUUGCUGGUAAGCAUUGAUUUCCUCAGCGACAAUUGGGAAGCAUAUAGUAAUUUGAAUCCCGGUUUCGGUGGAGAUAAUCCACUCAAUACAGCCGUGGUUGCCAUGUCCAGCUAUGUAGUUAAUGAAGAGCAAAGACAAAAAUAUUUGGAUUUGGUGGAUAAGGUGAAGGACAGCGAUAAGGUGCAAUCUAAUUUGGAGUCUGUCGUCAAUACGAACAUUAGAUCAAACUUUGAAUGGUUGACCAGAAAUCGUGAUCCGAUCAUGCAGUGGGUGAACAACUUCACGCGAAGUGGCAGUGCCGCACUUAGUGCUUCAUUGUUAACCGUCUUUACCACGCUGACGGUUGCAUUGGCGCGUUACUUGUAGAACUUGAGCUUAAUAGCCUUUUAGCUCUUACCAAUUGUGAUGUGAUAAAUUUUUGGUGGAACAUUUUAUAUAACAAAAUUGAAGUAGAAUAAAA